CUUCUAUCAUAUAUCACUCUUUCCAAACAUUAUAUUUAUCCCACCAAAAUAACAUCUCAAUUAACUACCCCUCCAAUAAGGACUCAAUUACACAACUUCCAAACAAAAAGGGACUAAAUUACAUAUUUCCCAACAAUUCCCAAUUAGCUCACCAAUUUUUGUUCUCUCACUUCCCCUGCCUCUCCACCAUACUACAGGUUUCAGCAACCUCCAGAGGAUAGCAAUCGGCCUAGCUCUCUCCACAAUCGGCAUGGCCGUCGCCGCCCUGGCCGAAAGCCGUCGCCUAUCCGCCGCCAAAUCAAUGACCACCGCCACGAAAACUGUCCCGAUAUCGGUCUUCCUGCUGAUCCCACAGUUCCUCCUGGUGGGUUCAGGGGAGGCAUUCAUCUACACAGGGCAGCUGGACUUCUUCAUCACGCAGUCCCCCAAAGGGAUGAAGACGAUGAGCACGGGGCUAUUCCUCACCACGCUCUCCCUCGGCUUCUUCGUCAGCAGCUUCCUGGUCAUGGUGGUGAAGAAAGUGACUGCUGGUGGUGGCAAUGGAGGGCAAGGAUGGCUGGCUGAUAACAUCAACCAUGGAAGGCUUGAUUGCUUCUAUGGUCUGUUGGCUGUUCUUGGAGUGGUGAAUUUUCUUGUGUUCUUGGUGUGUGCUGUUUGGUACAAGCCUAGUGGGAAAGAAGGUGAUGGGAAGAAGUUGAAUGGUGGUGGGUCUUUAGAGGUGAUGGAGAAGAAGGCUAAUGGAGUUGAGGAGAAGUGUUAGUGGGGGAGAAAAGAGGAUUAAGAGAGGGUUAAUUGGGGUUUGGGAUGGUGAAAAAGGGAAAUUAAUGUGUUUGUAGCUUAUAGUUUGGAUGUACAUUUAGGAAUAAUGUUGGGUUGGUGGUUCUAUUUCCUUUUUUGAAUGUUCUUUUUUUUAGUGUGCUUUUGUUGGUUAAAUGGGAAGUCGAGGUGUUGAUCUGUUUUCGUUUCUCGAAAUUUCUAAGGGAAAUGAGUGAUCGAGUUUUAAGUUUUAUAUUUAUGUGUAGAAUUGUGGUGAGUUUCGUGUUCGAAGUAAUGAAAAAGGAGAAAUCCUUCCGUAAAUUUUGUGGUCUCGGUAUUGAUGACUUGUUAAUGUUGAGAUUCUAAUCGUUCAAGAGAAAUUUAAUGUAGUUAAGUGUUAGAUUAGGUAUUUUCGUGACGUAUAAGUUCUUUAAAUAUAAUGUUAGGUUUACUAGUAAUAGGUUUUAUGAAUGUCAGGGUCUAGAACCUGAGGGUCGAGUAAUUUGAAAAGUUGAAUUUAUGAGAGAGUUCGAGGUUCUAAGCAUUUGCGAGUAAUACAAAAGUGGUAUUAUUACCGAUCUUAAAUUUGAAGAUUGCAUGUUUGAAUCCAUUAAUUAACACCUAAUUAAACACAAGCUUAUAUCACCGAACAUAACAAAACAUAGAGUUAAGAAAGAAGAAGAUAUAGCUCCAAUGAAAAUUCAAGUAAUUAAUUAAUUUCUAUGUAAGAAAUCCCACCAAAAAAUUACAACACUUUAAAUGCAAAAUACCCAACUCCGAAAUCCCUUCCCCUCAAUUUUGCUAUUGUGCUCACACAACGUCUGUGAGAACAUGCUCACAAAGCCUCAAGUAUUUUUUUUUAUAUACAAUAAUAUCACCUCAUCCAUCCAACAGUAGCAGAGCAUCUACCCUUAGUUCAACUUAUGCAAAACAAUAUAAGCACGUUCUCACAGACGUCGUGUGAACAUCAUACUCGAGGUUUGCCCCCUUAUACCACAACCCCUAUCCUCCACUAUGUCACUAAUUGUGCAACUUACCUACUAAUACCAAAUCACCCGACAAUAAGAUGUAACUAUCCAUCUAAAUAUCCCACUAACCCAUAUACUUUAUUCUAAUAGCAGAAAUAUUACUACUCAAGGUUCAUUCUAAAUUGGAGCAAUUACUCUAUCAAUCUAUCAUCACCUUCAAAGAAAAAAGUGAUUGGAGCUUGAAUCCAACCCUAAAUUUAGCCUAAUCACUUACACACAAAAGGGUAAAAAGGACCUCCAAACGCAUCUAGGAAUCCAGGAAUGGGAGAUACACUCAUUCAUAUUCAUGAAAAAGGAAAUGUUAGGGGUCUUCCCCAAUCUAAUCAAAACGAAUCAAGCCACAAAGUUGUUUACACUAAAAAAGCAUUAUUCCCAAUGGAAACAAAGGAGUGAAAAGAGGUGUUGAUUUGAUUAUAGCAAGAGACAAUGGGAGGAGGAGGAAGAAGACCGAAAGCAUUGGAUCUCAGUCAUGGAGUGAGUGACGUUUCCUAGGAGGCAAAACCUCCCCACCAUGACAUGAUAUUGAUAGCUCCUCUAUGAAUAUGUCACCCCACCUUCAAUCAUUUCCAAGGAGAAUAAUAAUAGUAGGACAAGAAAGAGCAAAGUUCUUUGAGUGUUGCCGACUUAAGUGUCGUUCUCUCCGUUUGAAUGAGUUUUUUUUUUGUUGCGGCGGAACUGAUCGUGUUUGAAGGAUUGCUAGGCUUUGUCGUGUUCAUACAUAGUAGAGUUGUAAAAAGUCAUUUUGGCAACUAUCUCCUGCUGCUUGGAGAGGACUCAACUCUAUUUUACUAUAUCUUAACAAACAAACAAAAAACACAUUAGAUAAGCAUGAGUUGUUCUUGGUUUACUGACCGAGUAUUUGGUUUGUGAUUAUUCACAUAAGAUCUGGCGUGUACUCGUGGAAACGAGAUAUGCCCCCAUAGGAGGAGAGUCCAUAGCGUGGCCGGGUUCAUAAUCAGAUCAUACCAUGAUAGAAUUGCUCCCCUCUUCCAAAGUAAGGAAAUGUCAUAAUCGAAACCAGAUCGAAAAGAUGGCCGGCCACCAAAGAAGAAUGCUCGUGACUUGAUUGACCCCGCCACCAAUAGCUCAGCGAUCGAAAUCGAAGAACCAAAAGAAACCCUAGUACUUACGCAUCUCUCUGUCUCCUACGAUGACUUGACGAUGAUGAUGCUAGAUGAUGCAACGUACACAGUAAUUACAAGAAAACUGGUAGCACAGAAACCAUGUGCCCGUUGCCCAUGAAUCAUUCUUUGCUUUUUUUUAAUCACUUCAUUGAAUUCAAUCAAAGCUAGUAUGCUUUCUCGACCCUUCAUUUGGAAUCUUGUACAGUUCGAAUCAUAUUGGACCAUCAUUGAGAUCAUAUGUUGUGAUGCUGUCAACAUCCUCAACUAGAUUUGAUUAUCCAACAUCGAAGGAGGAGAAGGAAAUGUUGGGGGAACAGACCAGAGAGCAGAAAACAGAGUCCUCCACUGUUGAGAGAAUCAGCAUCUAAUCUAAAUCUAAUGGGCAUUGAAAGGCGUUCCCCUGUUUUUUUUGGGUAGGUAGGAUGUCAACUUUUUCAUGAACUUUUCGUCUAUAGCCAACCGAACCCAACCACGAAAAUCAGAAUCGUUCCUCUUAUUUUUGCGAAUCACGCGCCUCCAACAAAUCUCCUCUAGAAUCGCCCCCUCCUAACAUGUCCAUCGUUCACCUAUUGGUCAAUCUUGUCGAUAACAACCUCAGCGUCAGGUUAUAGUGGAAACGCUCUGCAUGCCCAUCUGAGCCAUGCAUCGUGCAGGGCGGCCAAAAUCUGUAUAUUAUAGGUACGAUUGAGGUUGUGUCGUUAUGACUAUGAUGAAGCAAAAAUUAUGAAACCGUACCAAAAGUUAUACCGAAAAAGUUAGUGAUCGGGUGUUUUGUAAUAAAAUAGUGGUUUAAUU